AUGAAAAUAUCAUCGAAUUGCGUGAGAACCUGCAAUUCCCCCUUGUCCUCACAGUCCUCCCACAGUCCUCCCACAGUCCUCCCACAGUCCUCCCAGAGUCCUCCCACAGUCCUCACAGUCCUCACAGUCCUCCCACAGUCCCCAGAGUCGUCCCACAGUCCUCACAGUCUUCACAGUCCUCCCACAGUCCUCCCAGUCCUCCCACAGUCCUCCCACAGUCCUCCCACAGUCCUCCCACAGUCCUCCCACAGUCCUCCCACAGUCCUCACAGUCCUCCCACAGUCCUCAGAGUCCUCCCACAGUCCUCCCACAGUCCUCCCACAGUCCUCCCAGUCCUCCCACAGUCCUCCCAGUCCUCCCACAGUCCUCACAGUCCUCCCACAGUCCUCAGAGUCCUCCCACAGUCCUCCCACAGUCCUCAGAGUCCUCCCACAGUCCUCCCACAGUCCUCCCACAGUCCUCCCACAGUCCUCCCACAGUCCUCACUGUCCUCCCACAGUCCUCCCACAGUCCUCCCACAGUCCUCCCACAGUCCUCUCGCAGUCCUCCCACAGUCCUCACAGUCCUCCCAGUCCUCCCACAGUCCUCAGAGUCCUCCCACAGUCCCCACAGUCCUCCCACAGUCCUCCCACAGUCCCCAGAGUCCUCCCACAGUCCUCAGAGUCCUCCCACAGUCCUCCCACAGUCCCCAGAGUCGUCCCACAGUCCUCACAGUCUUCACAGUCCUCCCACAGUCCUCCCAGUCCUCCCACAGUCCUCCCACAGUCCUCCCACAGUCCUCCCACAGUCCUCACAGUCCUCCCACAGUCCUCAGAGUCCUCCCACAGUCCUCCCACAGUCCUCCCACAGUCCUCCCAGUCCUCCCACAGUCCUCCCAGUCCUCCCACAGUCCUCACAGUCCUCCCACAGUCCUCAGAGUCCUCCCACAGUCCUCCCACAGUCCUCAGAGUCCUCCCACAGUCCUCACUGUCCUCCCACAGUCCUCCCACAGUCCUCCCACAGUCCUCAGAGUCCUCCCACAGUCCUCCCACAGUCCUCCCACAGUCCUCCCAGUCCUCCCACAGUCCUCAGAGUCCUCCCACAGUCCUCCCACAGUCCCCAGAGUCGUCCCACAGUCCUCACAGUCUUCACAGUCCUCCCACAGUCCUCCCAGUCCUCCCACAGUCCUCCCACAGUCCUCCCACAGUCCUCCCACAGUCCUCACAGUCCUCCCACAGUCCUCAGAGUCCUCCCACAGUCCUCCCACAGUCCUCCCACAGUCCUCCCAGUCCUCCCACAGUCCUCCCAGUCCUCCCACAGUCCUCACAGUCCUCCCACAGUCCUCAGAGUCCUCCCACAGUCCUCCCACAGUCCUCAGAGUCCUCCCACAGUCCUCCCACAGUCCUCCCACAGUCCUCCCAGUCCUCCCACAGUCCUCCCACAGUCCUCCCACAGUCCUCCCACAGUCCUCAUUAG